UGCAGGAAAUAAUGGGAAAUAAUGACUGGCCGUACUGGGCUGGGUUGGACGAGGUGGUCAUGGCUUCACAUCUGUUCUGGAAGAAGAUAUAAAGGGACUGCCCAUCCUGCUCAUCGUUCCCUUCUCAUCAUCAACAACAACAUCAACACUUCCACGACACUACACAACCACACCACACCACACUUUCUAUUCUAGCUUUUAUUCACUUCAACAAGCCCCAACCACCACCAUGCAGCUCAAGAACAUCGUCCUCGCCGCCUCGGCCGCUGCCACCGCCGCCGCUCUCCCGGCCACCGACGCCUCCCAGAGCCAGACCUUCGGCGUCGUUUCCAUCCACUCCACCAGCGCAGUGCAGUACCAGCCCUUCACCGCGGCCAAGAGCAGCCUCUUCGCCGGCCUCCCCAGCCAGAACGCUAGCUGCGCCCGUCCCAAGGAGCAGACGGCCACCUUCUACAUCCAGGACGGCGCUCUGUACCUGUACGACCAGUCUGCCACUCCCCAGGAGUUCUAUGUCGACCGCUCGGGCAUGGGCCAGGGUAAGAUCGGCUACACGACCGGCGCCCAGCCCGCCCCCAAGAACGCAGAGCGCCAGGGCUGGUCCAUCGACGAGAACAACCACCUGCAGUUCGGCGGCAGCGACCUGAUCGCCUGUCCCAACAGCAUCGACGGCGCCUGGAGCAUCUGGGCCAGCGCCGGCGUGAGCAACCCCGCCGGCAACAGCGACUGCGUCGGCAUCGCCGCCCGCGUCGAGACCACCAACGACCCCAACGGCUGCCUGUACACCCAGUAAAUGCUGUCCAGCGUAGUCGGUAGUUGUGGCAUUUCCGGUCUGGACGCGGUUGAUCCAAGCAAGUCGGGCUGUUUGAGACGGUUCGGUAUAUGUCUGUGGUCGGGGAUAGUCAUACUGUUUCUUCAUGUGUUGGUCGGAGAAAAGUGGAGGAUGGUGGAUGGUAUUGACAAUUUGUAAUUGCGAUAGGGUUUUAGUUCUGGUUAACUGCAAUAUACUCCCUUCACAUCAU